AUGAACGGAGAAUACGCUCAGCCACAGCACAUUUCAGAUGCCAUCUACCUAGGUGCUGCCAUCGUACUGAGUAUUAUCGGAAUAGUUGGAUUUAUUUUCAACACCUGUGUCAUUUUCAUUAUGAUUAGGGAUACAAGGCUAUGGACACCUCAAAACGUGAUAAUAUUCAACUUAGCAACGUCCGACUUAGCAGUGUCUGUACUGGGAAACCCAGUUACCUUGGCCGCUGCCAUUACUAAAGGCUGGAUUUUCGGUCAAACUAUAUGUGUUAUCUAUGGAUUUUUUAUGGCAUUAUUUGGAAUUGCGUCAAUAACGACCUUAACGGUGUUGGCAUACGAUCGGUAUUUAAUGAUACGCUAUCCGUUCAGCAGCAGCAGAUUGACCAAGGAAACUGCACUAUACGCAAUAGUUGGAAUAUGGAUAUAUGCGUUUGCUGUAACAGGACCUCCGUUGUUCGGAUGGAAUCGUUACGUCAACGAAUCUGCAAACAUCAGCUGUUCAAUAGACUGGGAAAGUGGUGAGCAUAGCAAUUAUGUUAUCUACAUAUUUGUUUUUGGACUAUUUCUACCAGUUACAGUGAUUAUCUAUUCGUAUGUGAGCCUCGUCGUUACAGUUAGAAAGAGAGCUACUGAAAAAAUCAUCGGACAAGCGACCAAAGCAGAAUGCAGGGUAGCCAUUAUGGUGGCCGUAAUGAUAUUGGCGUUUUUAACAGCGUGGAUGCCGUACUCGGUGCUAGCUCUCAUGAUUGCAUUUGGCGGCGUUCAUAUCAGUCCGGUCGUCAGCAUAAUACCGGCUUUGUGUGCCAAGUCGAGCAUAUGCUGGAAUCCAAUUAUAUACAUUGGACUCAAUACGCAGUUCCGGUCAGCGUGGAAACGGUUCCUGAACAUCCCGGGCACAUUGUCGGAAGUCUCGCUGGACGCCGACAUCACUACGGGCAUGACCAAGCUGAUGACCGGUCACCAAGAGCUGCCGGCGCAUCCCAUCAACAACGGCGACGCCGCCCAUCCGCCGGGCCUGAUAAUGUGCUGCUUGGCGCACGACGAACACCGACAGUCGGCGACGUACGCCGACCGGUACGAGUGUAAUCUCGAAAUGAAGUCGUGCAACCCACAAACUCUAGGCAAACGGCCCGAAACGGACAUUGGAGACGUUUCUUUGUGA